AGAAGGAGGGAGAGAAAAAAAAUAAAGAAAGGGCACAUGGGAGCAGCAAUAGGAUCACCAUGUCCAGGCACUUUAAUUGGAGAGCAGCAUUACACCUCCACUCCAAUCCAAACCAAAAAAAGGGGAGAACAGACUUUAGUGAAGUCCCUCCUCCCCUCCAAAAAAACAACUAGGUGGGCCAAGCUUCGUUGGCAUUUGACAUUUCUGGAACUCAACAAUAAUUUAACCACCCCCCCUCUCUCUACUUCAUUCACACAUUCGCAACUCGCAUUCUCAACCCUCUAUCUCAAAGUCCAACCCCUCUUUUCUCCUCUCCCUCUCCCUCGCCCUCUGUCUCUCCAUUCUUUCUUUAUCCAUGGAGAUGACUCAACACAGCACGGCCACGUCCUCAGAUCGAGAGCCCGAGAUGGGUGCUCCGAAAAACCGAUCUUUAAGCUGCGGCAAGCAAUGCAAGAAGCUGGGGUCCCUCGCGAGGGCCAAGUCGAGAAAGCGGAGGGACUUGAAGAAGUUGCAGCAGAAGCGGAAGAAGACUGCGGUGGUUGCGAAUGGGAACGAUGGCGGGCUCGAGGACGACGACAAUAAGGCCGAAGUGGAGAGGAAGAUGGAGGCGUUGCAGAGGAUUGUGCCCGGUGGGGUGGACUUAGGGGUGGACAAGCUGUUUGAAGAGACUGCCGUGUACAUCUUGGCCUUGCAGGGCCAGGUCAAAGCCAUGAGAGCACUCGCCAACUUCUUUGAAGGCCUAGAGAAGGAGAAGAGGAAGCUUGGAGGAUGAUGGUGACGAUGGAAGAUUGGGAAAAAGAAAAAAGCAAGAAAAAAAAAUGGAGGACGAAUUAUUUCUAGUCAGACUUUAUUCUCCCUUGUUGUGAAUUUAUUUUGUUCUUUGCAAUAUUGAAGAAAGAUAGAUUUCUCUCUC